AACCCUCAGACAUCUGAAAAAAUUCAAGAAUGUUUGGUGAAAUUCUGUGAGUUUGCGCACCUGGAUCCACAGCAUUGGAGCGCUAACUGUGCGCUAAACAUUGCUCGCGCAAUUGAGGACGGAUUUCCUCUUGCGCAGCUCAGUUGGUGCGCUGUGCAUGUUUUACGCGCAUGUGCAAAAGUUGGAAGCUAUUUUGACAAUCCACAGAAUUUUGAGAACUUCUAUUUAGCAAUGGACUUUUUGACAUUACGUGCAGAUGCAACGAAUGCAGAAAAGCUGGCUGAAGAGUCUGAUGAAACAUAUGAGUUCUUGACAACAAUGUUAGAAGAAGAAGAACCGCGCGCUUUGAAGUAUUUCGAUAAACAAUGGAGAAGAACCAAAGAACAUUGGAUGAUGUUAUAUCGUGGAGAAGGUGAUUCCACGAAUAACAUUGCGGAAUCACACUUUCAUCAAUUAAAGCAAACAUUUUUCUUGGGUAAGAAAAAUGAGCGCAUUGAUGACAUCGUCAUAACUCUCAUCACUGUUGUGAUUCCAAAUGCGAUUAUUAAGGUUCAAGUCGCUAAUGUUUUGAGUGAAGAAAGAGCAGUAAGAAUUCUUACAAGGGCAGGUAAUCAGAUUGUUGAGCAAAGAGCUUCAAAACACGAUGAAUGUUUGAAAUUAAUUCAACACAUUUUGGAAAUUGUCGAAAGCCGAAGGAUUGAACCUAAUGUCCUUAUUCCAUCUUUGAAGGCAAUAUUAAAUUUGGCACAAAGAAGUUUAAAGGAAGAGUAA